AUGGGGUCUGAGUCUGAAUCAGUGGUGCAAGCGACCCUGCAGAAAGCAGUGGGCCUUUUACAGGUAGCUUUUGUUUGGUUUUGCGGGCUUUCCGUCCCACAACAAAUCUCUAUUAUCAUUGCAGCGCCUUUUGUUUACAGCAUGACAUGGCAAUUCCUGUUCUCUCUACGUAAAGAUCGGGUUCCUUUGGUGCCAUAUUUCAUUCCAUGGGUUGGAAGUGCCGUGGCGUACGGUACGCGUCCUUACGAAUUUUUCGGCGAGUGUCAGAAGAAAUAUGGUGACAUUUUCUCGUUCAUGCUUUUGGGUCGUGUGAUGACCGUUUAUUUGGGACCUAAGGGCCACGAAUUCGUUUUGAACGCAAAAUUGGCGGACGUCUCUGCAGAAGCCGCUUACACGCAUCUUACGACUCCGGUUUUUGGCAAGGGUGUCAUUUACGACUGCUCCAACAGCCGUUUGAUGGAACAGAAGAAGUUUACUAAAGGCGCUUUGUCCACAGAAGCGUUCCGUAAAUACGUACCAAAGAUCGCUGACGAAGUCUACAAAUAUUUCCGGAACUCGAAGAAUUUUUCCAUGAAUCAGCAAAAAGGCGGGAUCAUUAACGUGAUGGAAACGCAACCUGAAAUGACCAUUUUCACAGCAUCUCGCUCUUUACUUGGUGAAGAAAUGCGCGCCAUGUUGGACACUGAUUUCGCCUAUUUGUACUCAGAUUUGGACAAGGGCUUCAAGCCUAUCAAUUUUGUCUUUUCAAACCUACCUUUGGACCACUACCGUAAGCGUGAUCACGCUCAGAGAACUAUUUCGAGCACGUACAUGAAACUGAUCCAAAAGAGAAGAGACGCGAAUGACAUUCAAGACAGAGACCUUAUCGACUCUUUGCUCAAGAACUCGACUUACAAAGACGGUACUAAAAUGACCGAUCAAGAAAUCGCAAAUUUGCUGAUUGGUGUUUUGAUGGGUGGUCAGCAUACUUCCGCCGCUACUUCAGCCUGGCUUUUACUUCACCUUGCUGAAAGACCAGAGAUUCAACAGGAGCUGUAUGAGGAGCAAAUGCGUGUCCUUGAUAACGGUAAAAAAGAACUUACUUACGAUCUUCUGCAAGAAAUGCCUCUAUUGAACCAGACAAUCAAGGAAACUUUGAGAAUGCACCAUCCUUUGCACUCCCUUUUCCGCAAAGUUACCAGAGACCUACCAAUCCCAAAUACCCCAUACGUUGUCCCAAAGAACCAUUUCGUUCUUGUUUCCCCGGGUUACUGUCAUCUGCAGGAUGAGUUUUUUCCCAAAGCGAACACUUUUAACCCACAUCGUUGGGACAACGACGCCAAAUCGUCUUACGCUACUGGUGAGGAGGUUGAUUAUGGUUUUGGUGCCAUUUCUAAAGGUGUUUCUUCCCCUUAUUUGCCCUUCGGCGGUGGAAGACACAGAUGUAUAGGUGAGCAUUUCGCAUACUGCCAAUUGGGCACGAUUCUAUCCAUUUUUGUGAGAACUGUCAAGUGGAAGUUCUCACCAAAGAUGAAUGGUGUUCCAGGUUCUGAUUUUCAAAGUAUGGUCACUCUGCCACUAACGCCUGCUGAAGUGCAAUGGGAGAAGAGAGAACCUGAGCAAAAAGUAUGA